AUGGAUGAUCUUAAAAUCUCAUCCAAUCUUGACAGGAGUUUAAAGAACCUCUGCUGAUUCGUUUUCUUGAUCAUAAACAAAAUGAGUCGCUUUCUUGCAUUUCUGAUACCUACAGUCUUUGUUUCUGUGUCAGCCAUGGCUUACAGAAAGCUGUGGGAGUAUACUGAUAAAGAUUGUGGAGAUGUGUACCACAACUUCCUUCCCUGCUAUAGAUUUAUUACAGGGAAAAUGAAUGAACCAACACAGGAUUGUUGUUGGGGAGUUGCUGAACUCAAUAGUAUAGCAAAGCAGAAUAGUACUGAACCACAGAGAAUCUGUCAAUGCAUUGAGUUUCUUGCUGUAGCAGGUGAACGACCUUUCCUUGUUCCUGACAUCGAUACUCUUCCAAUCAUGUGUCGGACCCAUCUUAGUUUCCCCAUCUCUGUUCGAAUGGAUUGCUUCAAGAUUUAGCAAAAUGGAUAAUGUACACUGUCUCCUAAUACUCCUAUUGCCGCUUGCACCAAUAAGACACUUGAGAAAUCAUCACUUGAUGUGUGUUUUUUUUGUCAGGAUUAGUCACAAAAUAGAUAAUGAAAUUCUCCUGCAAUGCCAUAUGUAUCUUGCUGCUGGGGUAAUAAUAAUGAGUGUCAACAUUUGAAAUUGUAUGGAAAUGUCAAUAAAUUUAAAGCCAAUAGACAGUCUGCAGAUCUAAUUUCUUUUGCUGAAUAUGAUACGAAGCUUGAAUAGGAAAAGACAAUGCCUUAAGACUCGAAUAGAAUGAAUUAAAUUCUGCUCCUGACA